AUGGGAGGUUAUUUACGAAGGAAUGCGCCGAGAGGUUCGUCUGCAAAUUGGACCGAAGUUGUAAGAGAAUAUAAACAAGGAGUUCAACAAGACAUGGAACUGAGUGACGAUGGGAUUGUCGCUUUUGAAGAUGAUUCGAAUACUUCUACAGAUGAUUCACUGCUUUCUUCUUCUUCUUGCUUUGUUUGUUGA